CUCGAUACAGUCAAUACGCUAUCCACUAUCAAAUGGCGCCGAACCCCUUCUCAUUUUCUUCCUCCUCUUACCUGGCCCCCUUUCCUAUACCUAGCCGAAAACCACAUGUAUUUAGUGUUCGAUUCUGCAAACCAGAUGCCAUCACUUGCACAAACUCAUGGACCGAACCCGAGGGAUCCGGAGCUGCGGCUUCGACAAGAGGAGACAAGUUCAUCCGUCGCCAGCAUUCCGCGGCAACUGUGAAAGCCGCGCCUAAGAAAAAAAAGCAGAAGCACGAAAAUGUCAUGAAAUUCUCGAGUUUGGCUCCGAGCUGUUAUGGGUGCGGAGCUCCAUUACAAACGUCCGAAAUCGAUGUUCCUGGAUACGUUGACAAGGAAACUUAUGACUUGAAGAAGAAACAUCGUCAACUUAGAACUGUCCUCUGCGGAAGGUGCCACCUAUUAUCUCAUGGACACAUUAUUACUGCUGUUGGUGGAAAUGGAGGUUAUUCUGCUGGGAAGCAGUUUGUUUCAGCAGAAGAGCUUAGGGAAAAGUUAUCUCAUUUGCGGCAUGAGAAAGCUUUGAUUGUGAAAUUGGUUGAUGUUGUAGAUUUCAACGGAAGCUUCUUGGCCCAUGUCAGAGAUCUUGCUGGGGCAAAUCCAAUCAUAUUAGUUGUGACUAAGGUGGAUCUUCUUCCAAAAGAAACAGACCUUAAUUGUAUUGGUGAUUGGGUUGUUGAGGCAACAACGAAAAAGAAGCUGAAUGUUCUGAGUGUUUAUUUAACAAGUUCAAAGUCUUUGGUUGGCAUAUGCGGAGUGGUGUCAGAAAUCCAAAAACAGAAGAAGCAAUGGGACACAAAUGGCGCCGCUACAUGCUCGUUAGCAGGGUGUUUUGUUGGAAGCAUGAUUCCAACAACAAGCCAGGAAGACAGGAACAAAGAAGUACCGUGAGCGCCAUUCUCGCCGUAGGUUACUAUGGUGGGAAAGCUUGAGGAUACUUCAGAGACACGGCACAUGUUCUUUUUGUUGAAGAAUCUGAUCUUCUUAAAGUAACUCUAAAAUAUUGGACUAAUCUUUUAGAAUUGAUGUUUUCUGUGUUCGCACCCACAGUACAAGUGUACCUGCGUCAUUGCUACACUUCUGUUCUUAAUGUAGUAGUCCUCAUUGUUUAGGUUAUAAAUAGCUGGUUUUGGUUGGCAUUUCCAGUGAUGUUUUUGGGCUAUGGACGUGUUGUAUUUUUUGGAGCAUCUCCAAGAGGGGUGUCUACUUUUCACAUUCCCUUGCACGCGGUGACGCGGGUCCCAUGUUUUAUCUCACAAUUUUUAUGUGCUGAACCUACAUAUCUCCUAUUCAUUUUCUUAAAUCACUUUUCAUCCAUGAAUCCCGUGUAAAGUCCAUGUGUGGACUGUGGACAUUGUCUACAAUUUAUUUCUCUCUCAUUUUUUUCAUUUUUCCGUAGACAUCACUUUCUCUAUAUUAAAUUAAAAUAAUCAUUCUAUCUAUCUUUCUCCGCCACGUAGGAUGGACUUCACUACAAUCUACUUUCCCAUUGGGCAGAGACGUUUAUGUCCUGGGUUCAGCUAAUGUUGGAAAAUCUGCAUUCAUCAAUGCUCUGUUAAAGAUGAUGUCAUACAAGGAUCCAGUGGCUGCUGCUGCAAGGAGAUACAGACCAAUUCAAUCCGCUGUUCCUGGAACAACUUUGGGUCCUAUACAGAUUGAUGCUUUCUUAGGUGCAGGUAAAAUGUACGAUACUCCUGGAGUCCAUCUCCAUCACAGACAAGCUGCAGUGGUUCAUUCAGAAGAUCUGCCUGCUCUUGCUCCUCGAAGUCGGCUUCGUGCCCGAAUUUUCCCGGACUCUCAGUUGGCUUUAGACAAACUGAUCGUUGAUCAAGUUAGAUCAAGCGGUUUGACUGGAUUCUCUAUGUUCUGGGGAGGUCUUGUGCGAGUAGAUGUUUUGAAGGCUCUUCCUGAGACACGGUUAAUUUUUUAUGGACCCAAGGCUGUGCAAAUUCACAUGGUGCCCACCGAGGAAGCCGAUGAGUUUUACCAUAGAGAACUUGGAAAUCUACUAACACCCCCUACAGGAAAAGAGAAGGCAGAUGGCUGGCUGGGACUAGAAACAAAACGUCACAUCCAAUUGAAGUAUGACAAUAUAGAAAGACCUGCGUGUGAUGUAGCCAUAUCUGGUCUGGGAUGGAUUUCUGUUGAACCUGUUGGCAUUACGCUCAAAUCAUCAAAUAGUCAAAUUGUAGAAGAGACGUUUGGGGAGUUAAUUUUGGUUGUUCAUAUUCCUAAGCCAGUUGAGAUAUUUGUUCGGCCACCAAUGCCGGUAGGGAAAGCAGGAGUAGAAUGGUACGAGUAUAGGGAGCUAACAGAGACUGAAGCUGAAGUCAGGCCUAAAUGGUUUUUCUGACCAAGAUCACAUUUGCUCAUGGAGAUAUACCAUAUCAGUGGGUUUUCUAUAUUUUUUUCUUCUCUUUUUUCUUUUUCUUUCUUUCUGAUUUGUUUCUUUAGGAGGUGGGUUCAACUUGUUCAUCUUUGAACAAGUUGUGAAAUGAGAACUCUCUUGUACCCUAUAUUGUUGUGAAAUUUGCAUUCAUAUUUGAAUUUUUGUGCAUAUAAACAAGCUAAGUUCAACUUGUACAUCUUGGUAAUCACUGGCCAAAAAAAAGAAUGUUGCAAUUGUUCCACUUUUGUUGUUUUUCAAAACAGAUCCAAUUCAGAAUUUAAUUG